AUGUCAAAUUCCACAGCCACGGCUGCUCAGCUGGAGCUGAUCAGUUCUUUGACUCUAGACGAAAUACCCAUCAAACUCCGUUGCGCAAUUUGUAGCAAGCUCGCACUUAACGCGUUCCGAUUACCAUGUUGCGACCAAAUUAUAUGCGAGAGCUGCCAAUCUACUUUGCCACCUUCUUGUCCUGUAUGCGAGCACACUCCAGUUUCUGCAGAAGACUGUAAACCAAACAAAGCUCUCCGAACCACAAUCAAAGCUUUCCUCCGUACGGAAGAGAAGAAACGCGAAGCUCUACGACAAAAAGAAGUGAAAGAUACUCCUCCUGCGACUCCCCUCGAAGUAGAACCCCGACCACUAGAGCCAACUGCAGCGGCAGAGCCCACACCUGCUGCCGAAAGCGUCGCAAACGCAAAUAAUGAGCCAUUACCUCCAGUGGAAACCAGCGAGACCGAACGCGCACAGGAUCAGCCUCCAUCAGAUGGUGAAAAUGGAGCACAGCAAGAUCAGGCUGAGGAGGAUGUUCCACAUCAGUCAAUAGAGGAAAUCGCACCAGGUCAGGAGUCUACUCAAGAAGAAGGUGUCACAAACGUCGAAGAUGUUGUGGAAGAUAACCAGAAAGAUGGGGACGAUGGACCUGAUGGUGAAGGUAAACCUAAUGCUAUGGCUGGAUUUGGAUUCGAUGGCUCUGCCAUGGGCGGCUUUCCUAUGGGAUUUGGGGGCGAUAUGAACCCAAUGCAGCAACAAAUGAUGAUGAUGAUGCAGAAUGGCAUGGCACCAGCAGGCUUUGGUAAUUUUCCAAUGAUGGGGAUGCCGGGUAUGAAUAUGGAUCCAAUGGCCAUGCAAAACAUGUUCAUGAAUGGUGGAUUUGGUGCGGCUGGCAUGGGCAUGGGUGGUAUGCCCAUGGGAAUGGGAAUGGGAGGCUUCGAUGGUGGAAUGGGCGCAGGAUUCAAUAAUGGCUGGAAUGGCCAACAAUCUUGGAAUAACGAUAAUUUCAAUCCAAAUGCACAAGGAAUGGGUCAAGGUGAUUAUGGAGCAAAUAACUUCGGAAACCCUUCCCACUCUAAUGGCUUUAAUCAAGGUAAUGGCUAUGGCCGUGGAAACCAGUACAAUGACUACCAGAACAACUUCGGUUCCCAAGGGUUCCGUGGACGAGGGAGAGGCCGUGGAGGUGCUUACAGUAGUCGAGGGGGUCACGCCUAUGGCUCGAAUGACGCUUCUCAGCAAUUCCCCUACCAGAAUGGGCCUGGCCAGCAGCAAAAUGGAUUGCUUGGUGAAUCAUCGACAAUCCCUACUGGCCCGAAGGCUGAUGUUGCUCCCAAUCCAGACGGGACUGAUGAGUUUGGGCGAGAAAUUCGCUCUAAGCCCGAGGAGCAGGACCCUGUUGCGGAUAAUUCUGUUGAGGAUGCUACAACCGAAGUCGCAAACCCUUCGACUUCUCUAGAAAAUGGAGCAAAAUAUGAUCUUACUGGAGAUACAGAGGCAGAAAGCAUUGGUAACGAUGGAAGCAUAAUGCCAAUUCAGACUUUUGAGGAAGCCCAAGCUGCCAACUUUCAAACCCCUGACUCGCAUGUAUACGAUGAAUCUUAUAAUGGAGGAAAUGGCUUUGGACCAACCCGAGGCGGGUUCCAGCACAAUAAUCAUUUCCGUGGUCGCGGAGGAUUUGGUGCCAUGCAGCCUCCUGUCAAGCCAGUUGAUGUGCCAAUCAAUGCUCCAAAAGGUCCCAAGGCCAUGCGUGAGGGUUUGCCAAAUACUAGUCUUUCUAAUCUUAGAGGUCGAGGAUUCUCAAACAUUGGCCGUCCCGGAAGCUCAAGAUUAGAAAUGAGUGCCAGUGCAAGUGUAGCCCCAGAAAUUUCUGAUAAAGAUAAUCAAGUCCAGGAACGGAGCAGAUCACCGUCAAGGGAACGUUCAAAAUCACGGGAUAGGAAACGUAGCAGAAGUAGAAGUAGGGACAGACGUCACAGGCAUCGACACCGAUCAGGUUCUCGUUCGGAAGACGAAAAAGAAACAGAAAGGCGAAGAGAACGCCGGCGCGAACGACGUCGCCAGAGGGAUCAAGAAGACGGCGAUCGAGACAGGGAAGCUGGGGAUGAUAUUGGCGAUGAUGACAAUGUCAUACCCCAUGACGACCGAUCAAGGUCAGCGUCCCCAUCCGAGUCGAGAAGAUCAGGGCAUCGAAGUCGACGUGACAAGGAAAAGCACAGAGAUCGGGAAAGCGAUAAGGAGUAUAAAUCUUCUUCGCAUAAGCACCGAUCCAGUCGACGGUCCCAUCGUGACGAUCGCUCUCGAAGCCGUGACCGGGAGAGAGAUCGCGAACACCGCCACCGUCAUAGUCGACACGGCUCUGAGGAUCUUGUUAGGAGUGAGAAAGUAAAGGAAGUUCAAAAAGACGCCAAUACUGCUCCUGUAAUACAAGAAAAAGGGUUUAGACGACCAUCCCUUAUUUCAAAUGGUGCCAAUGGCAUCGAAAUCAAAGGCGCUAGUUCUCGCAACAAAAUCGCUGUAGAGGAGAUAAAAAUCCCCACUGGUCCACGUAAAGAUCGUAUUGCGUCUGCAACUAAAGAGAGUCAUAAAUCUUCUUUUAGCCGCCACCGACAAGAGGACGAUAGCUCUCAUCGCUCCUCUCGGCACCGCGAUUCUGAAAGAUCAUCUAACCGCGACAAAGAUCGUGAACGAGAGCGUGAAAAAGCUCGAGGCAGCGAAAGCUCUAAAGUUGUAGAGUCAGCACAAGAUCCUCAUACGAUUGAAAGAGAAGCACGCAACCGAGAAAGACUCUUGAAAGAGGCUCAGCGAAUAGCCGGGCUUUCGGGUGGUAUGGCUCGCAAGCGAAGCCAUAUCGAAGAAGAGGAGCAAAGCAGUAGUCGAAGCGGCAGGAAAAAGAGCCGUCGAAGCGGAACUCUUCACGGCGAGGACGAGGAGUCCAGACUAGCUCGUAUGGAAGCUGAACGAGAAAGCGCAAGAUGGGAUUAA